UCCAAAGCACUGGCAGAGGUGACUGGAGCUCAGCAGCUGCACCAUGAGCUGGCAAAAGAUGCUGCAGCUGAAGAAGAGCUUUAAAGUCUUCAUCUUGUUGGUCUCAGUGGCUCUUGGUGUCUUCUGUGGGACUGCCCUGUCAGAAUGGUCACCAUGGACAAAGGAACUCCUGGAGAAGAUGCAAAGUGUAUUUCCAUCAGGACGGACAGCUUUCUGGAAUUCACACACUUUGAUUGAAACCCAAAAGUUGCAGAAUCUGCUGGAAGAGGUCACUCAGCUGAGGGCGGAGAUCAGUACUUUGAAGGAGCUGAGCCAGAUAGCUUUGGACCCCUGUGUCAGGACAAACUGGGCCCUCAAGAGCACUGGAGCCACCAUUGACACACAAAGAACUUCCCAGACCUAUGACUGCAAAGAUAGUCUUCCCUGCAGGAUUUUACGCUUCUUCUGGGCUGCCAGUCCUCCUGAUACUAUCCUGCAGCCAAAGGUUUUCCCAGGAAACUGCUGGGCUUUCAAAGGCCAUCAGGGCCAGGUUGUCAUCAAGCUGCCAGCACGAGUCUACCUGACUGCCAUCACACUGCAGCACAUCUCCAAAGAUGCCUCUCCAAGUGGGACCAUCGUCAGUGCCCCCAAAGACAUUGCUGUCUUUGGAGUGGAUACAGAAGAGGACACAGAAGAGGAAACUCUCCUGGGGAUGUUCACCUUCAAUGUGGAAAAAAACCCCACACAGACUUUCCCUCUGAAGAACAUGCUGCUCCCCAGAGCUUUUUCACAUGUCAAACUUCUUGUGAAGAGCAACUGGGGAAACCCGUGGUAUACCUGCAUUUACCGAGCGAAGGUUCACGGAAAGAUGGAAAACCAGAAAGACUUAACCCAGGGCCAAGAUAAAUAAGAAAAGACACAAGAAGAAGAAAGGGCAGGGGGAAGAAGGGAAAUGGGGGGAAUUAUGUGGCAUCCCAAUGUUGAUUUUAGACUCUGCAUGUGGGACUGUGUCAGGUGAGUUUUAGGUAAGAUAUAAGGAAUUUUAGAAUCAUUUAAUCCCCUCUAUAGAAAGGGACCCAAAAGGAUCAUCAAGUUCAACUCUAGGUCCUGCACAGGACAGCCCCAACAACCACACCAUG